GGACCCAGCAGCAGGACACCUCUCACCACAGCACCCGACAAAACAACACUAAAGCUGAGCGAACAGGCCGAGCAAACACUGAGCAAAAGACCACCACCAGAGUAAGAGCACCACCAAAUUCACCUGCAGCUCAACUCUCCAGAUCUAUCAUCACCAGCCAUGUGGUUCCGGCUCGCCGUGGGACUGUGCUGCCUGGUGCUGGGCUGCCAAGGGCAGGGCAGAAGCGCAUCGCUCCGCAGAGCCAACGAUGACUUCACCGGCCGCUGUCAGUACACCUUCACUGUGGACAGCCCGGCUGAGUCCAGCUGCCCCCAGGCGGGAGCCGGGGGCCCCGAGGACGAGGGCGUGAGGACCCGCCUCACCCUGCUGGAGGCGCUAGUGAGCCGGCUGAUGGGGGAGCGAGGUGGAGUGGCGGGUGAAGCUGGGCUGCGGACAGCGGAGGAGGAGGAGGAGGAGAAGGUGAGCCAGCUCCAGCAGGACAAGGAGCAUCUGAGCCGGCAGGUGCAGGACCUCCAGAGGAGGCUGGAGGAGCUGACGGUGGAGACGGAGCAGCUGAGGCAGAGGCCCUGCCACCAGCCCCAGCCCCCGCGGCUCAGCACGCCAGACAUCGAUCCUGCUUUUCAGUUGGGGAGCGGAGCCUUUCAGGAGAUGAAGGCAGAGCUGUCUGAAGUGCCUGCCCCACCUCAGAUCCAGCAGGGACAAAAUCAGGCCAUAACCAGUACCAAAGCACAGACAACAAGCAUUGGGGGUUUGUCUUUGUCUGAUGACUCAGGCUUUAUAGGCUGUGGAGUGCUGGUGUCAGUACAGCCGCCGGUGACUCACCGCAAGGCUGACAGCAUCACAGGCAAAUACGGCGCCUGGUUCCAGGACCCGGAGCCCCUGGGGCCACCCUACGGCCCCAAGACGGUGUGGCGAAUCGACGCGGUGGGCAAGGAAGUCAAGCAGCUCUUCGCCUACGAGGACAUGGAGCAGCUGAUACGGGGCUUCCCCAUGAAGGUGCUACCGCUGCCCGAUGCUGUGGAGAGCACUGGCGCCACGGUCUACCGCGGCUCGCUCUACUACCAGCGCCGCCUCAGUCGCACGCUCAUCCGCUACGACGUGGCCACCGAGAGCGUCGCUGCCCGGAUGGACCUGCCCCACGCCGGCUUCCACGGCCAGCACCCAUACUCCUGGGGCGGCUACACCGACAUCGACCUGGCCGUGGACGAGAGGGGCCUGUGGGCCAUCUACAGCACCAGCAAGGCCAAGGGUGCCAUCGUCAUCGCCAAGCUGGACCCUGAGAGCCUGGAGGUGACCAAGACCUGGGAGACCAACAUCCGCAAGAACACGGUGGCCAACGGCUUCAUGGUGUGUGGACGGCUCUACACCGUAGCCAGCUACAGCCUGCCCAACACCACCAUCAGCUACAUGUUUGACACAGACACCAAUCAGAGCAGCGGCAUCAGCAUCCCCUUCAACAACCGCUACCAUUACAACAGCAUGAUCGACUACAACCCAGGCAACAAGAAGCUCUAUGCAUGGGACAAUUAUCACAUGGUCACCUAUGACGUAAAGCUGGCACAGUCAGACAGCAUCCCCUAAGCACACACAUAAAAAAACAGAAUGAGAGACUGACAGACAUUGUAGUAGUGCAACCAAAAUAGUACUUUAAGCGUUCAGCGUUAAUCUCAGCCAUGUUAUUUUCAACAAAAAUAUAAUGACUUAGGUUUGUCACUGCUUUAGCAAAAAUAACUUCUCAGUGUUAUAAUUCUGUAUAUGUUGUCCUUAAAUAGUUUAAAAGCAGAGAGUAUGCAGUAUGUAGAGUCGACUAUUUCUGUAUAUAGAAUAUUAUGAUUAUUUACGUAAAAUGUAUUUUUGUAUGAAAAUUUUUGUCAUUUGUUGUCUCCUUACACAUGCCAUGACAUCUUCCACUGUAAUAAUUUAAAAAAUAAAAUGUUAAAAUGCGACCCUG